AUGGAUAGUCCAAUCGACAAAAUUCCAGAGAUCAUCAAGAUAAUUAUUGGUUCGAAAGAAAACAAGUUGUGUGCAGAAGAGAUAAAAAAAUAUUAUAGAGAUGAUGUCGAAUACAAGCAUUUUUUAACUUAUAUUCAAAGUUCCCAUAAUUCAAGAGAAAGAUUAAUUGCACUCAAUAAAUUUAAUAAAGGGUAUCUUUGGAGCGAUUGUGAAAUAAUUCAUGAUAUUUGGUUUAAUGAUGAUUCUCUCAAAGCCAUAAUUGACGUAACUCAAAUCGCUAAAAGAGGAAUUUGGUUUUGGUUUAAUUAUUCAACAAGAUUAUUGAUCAAAUUGGAUCUUUCAUAUGAUACAAAUGGAAAAUAUGUUAUACGGAAACAAGAAGUAUUUAUACAUCCUGAAGAACUUGCUGGUGCGUUUGUUCCAUUUCUCGUUCCUAAGCUGAUUUUAUUUUGGAAGUGGCUUUUUACUUGGGCCAUUGUAGCAGUUGGAAUGUUUUAUGGUCUAGUGAAUUGGGCAUAA